AUGACGUGUGGCAGUAGCUCCGUGGACCCCGUCUCCAUGAAUAGACUGAGCUUUUUGAGGAACAGAUGCAGGAACGGACUCGGCUCUGUGAAGGAAGGAGAGCCUCACUUUGUGGUCGUGCACUGCACAGGCUACAUCAAGGCCUGGCCCCCAGCAGGUGUCUCCCUCCCAGAUGAUGACCCGGAGGCUGGCCAGGGGAGCAAAUUCUGCCUAGUGGCUAUUGGCGGCUGCAGGCAAGUGACCAGCUCUCCCAACUGUACAGACAUGAGUAACAUUUGUCAACCAACAGAGUUCAUCUCCCGACACAACAUAGAGGGGAUAUUCACCUUUGUCGAUCAUCGCUGCGUGGCAACUGUCGGCUACCAGCCACAGGAGCUCUUAGGAAAGAAUAUUGUAGAAUUUUGUCAUCCUGAAGACCAGCAACUUCUAAGGGACAGCUUUCAACAGGUGGUGAAACUAAAAGGCCAAGUGCUGUCUGUCAUGUUCCGGUUCCGCUCUAAGGCCCGAGAAUGGCUCUGGAUGAGAACCAGCUCCUUCACCUUCCAAAACCCGUACUCAGAUGAAAUUGAGUACAUCAUCUGCACCAACACCAGUGUGAGGUACAUGCGCUCCAGGGCCCUCGGGCUGUAUAUCCCACCUGUUACACAGAUGGUCGUUAGUGUACAUACAGUUGUGCAGUUGGUAGUGUGCCUGCCCAGCAUGCCUGUGGCCCUGGUGCAUCCCUAG